UGUGUAUCUGUCAGAUAGAAAACUGAGAAGAGAAACGAAGAGAAGGCAAAACACGCACACACUCAUUUAUUUACACAUCCUCACACACACACACACACACUCAGAGUGGACUGAUAAACAAAACUGUGCUUGAGAACCAGGGCAUGUUCAGCAGUGUUUUGGGAGAAAUUUGAUCUAUUGAAGCAGAAAAGAUGCAGUUCAUGCUGCUGUUCAGCAGGCAAGGCAAGCUGCGCCUGCAGAAAUGGUACGUUCCGCUGUCUGACAAAGAGAAGAAGAAGAUCACACGUGAGCUGGUACAGACCGUCCUGGCACGAAAGCCCAAGAUGUGUAGCUUCCUGGAAUGGAGAGACCUCAAGAUUGUUUACAAAAGAUACGCUAGUUUGUAUUUCUGCUGUGCCAUCGAGGACCAGGACAACGAGCUGAUCACCCUGGAGAUCAUUCAUCGCUACGUGGAGCUGCUGGAUAAGUAUUUUGGAAGUGUGUGCGAGCUGGACAUUAUCUUCAACUUCGAGAAGGCAUACUUCAUCCUAGACGAGUUCCUUUUGGGUGGAGAAGCUCAAGAGACAUCCAAGAAGAACGUCUUGAAGGCGAUCGAACAGGCUGACCUGCUGCAGGAGAGCCAGACUGACGACUGGGGUGGUUUAACCAAUGAUGAGAUCUUCUAAAGGGUAGAAGUCCCAGCCCCUUCCUGCUUAUUGGAAGCAGAGACCCCUCGCAGUGUUCUGGAGGAGAUUGGCCUCACCUAAACAGCCGAGAAGGACACACUGUCUCACACACACAAACACAUACACACACACUUACUGUUUGUCUAUUUAAAGAUGUAGCGCACACACACACACACACACACACACACACACACACACCUUAGUGGAUUUCAGCAAUUCAUGCAUCAUUUGUUUUCUCUAUCUGUGUGCUUAAAACGACACACAAUGUAGCACUGUACAGAUUCAUCAGGAAAACUGACUUUUCCUCACGUUAACUCAGCCUUAAGAUCAGCUCAAGUUUACACUCUGUAUUCAACGACAUCAUCUGUCACAUCGUUUUACUUCUGCACCUCAUCAGAAAAGGCAAAACAUCACAUCUACAUAUUGCCUGUAAAAAGUAUUUCGGUGCUUUUUCAAUAUUAUAUUAAAUUACAGCAUGGAACCAGGAAGUGAAAAAUAAAAUAAAGCGAUAUUUAUAUCCCACAUAGAGCUUCUCCAGUUUUGCUCUGGAGAUGCUAGCGGCGUUCUGUCUCUCCACGUGCGCGUCAGACUCAAAAAGGGAAUCGUUUGGAAGUGGAAUUGAAUAUUAAUCAUUCUGAUGGUGAUAUACCUCCAAUGAAUAUUUAUUCUGAUGCUAUAUUACAACCUUUUAUUUAUUAAUUAUCUUAUUGAAACUAAGAUGUCAUUUAUGGCUAUGUGUGUAGCGAUUUAAACACACACUCUACAUGUAGUACAAAACUAAAGAAUCUUCAGACACAAAACAUGUCUGGGUGAAUUUUCAAGUAAGUUUUGAUUUUUUUUUUUGUUUGUUUGUUUCUCCAAAAUUUUCUGUUAGCAGAAUUUUUGCUACUCAUCACUAUAAUAUCCAUGCGCAGGUUUACUUUCUUCUUCUUUUGGGUUUUACGGCAGCUGGCAUCCACAGUGUUGCAUUACUGCCAUCUACAGGUUUACCUUGACCGUGCACUGACAGUUACAUCAUUUUGUUGCUAAACGAACAGCUGAUCACACCAAGGUGCUCGCCGACCACUGAUAUUUAUUAGUUUGGUCCUGCGUUUCCUUUCCUUCGUAUACAACAUAACGAUUUUUCUUCUCGCUUUCUGUUACUGUAGUCAGUCUUUCAUGCUUCAUUUGCAUGCUCGCGUCCUCCAUUGUUCUCUCCUGUUUCAACUUUGUAUCCCACAAUGCCUUGCAUGAACAGGGAAAGCCCACCAUGUCAUGCAUGACGUAGUAUCUUGUAUUGGGUCAUGGUGAAGCAGGAAAAAAUAGCAGAGAAUUUAGGGCCACAUGGCAUUAAAUUCAUUAAUUGUUUUUUUUUUUAAACAAAUAAAAUUGAAAGUCUGUGAUCCAAAUUCAGUAGCUUUCGGUCCACUAAACAAAAAUAAUUGGCUGUCAGAGAAAAUUGUUUUUGUGACCUACACUUGAAAAACCUGAAAGGCAGUCUAGCUUUAAAUACAUCAUGGUUCUGUGCUUUAGUAAUUAAAUAGGAAAGGGACCAAGCGGGCAACUGAAAUCCUUUUUAUAGGCACGGUGUUAUGAUAGGAGUUAAAGUCUGGAAAGAUCAUUCAUUUACCACCAGAAGUUUCUAGAAAGUCCACUUUGGAAAAUAAAAAACGGGAAAAAAAAAGACAGAGAAAGGGAUUCAUUCACAAAACCAAAGAGCUCAUCAUCUAUAUUUGAUAUCAGUUUACAUGACGUAUGAGCUGAAGUGUUUUAGUUCAUCUCAGUGAGUUUGGAUGGAGCAGAAAGCACACGAGACGGAUCGACAGAUCGUAUCAAGCCGUGAACAUUCACAGUGUUAACACGAGACAUAAACACAACAAUGAUCCACUGUGUUAAACUCCUGAGAGUCAGCUGAGACGUAAAUGCUGUAACUCUUCAGUAUUAAAGGAGCAGUUUAUCGGUUUUAGAGCCCGUGAAGUGAAUUAUAAUUGUGACGAAAACAUUGAGACACACUCUAUUUAAACUCUAUCAUGAUUUACCUGUUAGACAAAAUAAAAAAGGCCUGAGUGUCUCUCUCUCUCUCUCUCUCUCUCUCUCUCUCUCUCUGUCCUGGCUGAAGGACGAGAAACACUUUUCAAAAUUACAAACUGCACCUUUAAGUGACUUCAAACAUUCAGCCAUUUAUAAUCAGUGCUUACUUUGUUUUAUGCCAUAUUUGUACUAUAUAUACACUAUACACAUAUAUCACGCUCAAAUUGAUCAAUGAUAUCCAGUAAAACUGUGAUGCUGUGACCUUUGCUAUAUCUGGCCUGUAUGGCCCUUCAUUCUCCUUCACCCUUCUGUCCCCACAUGGUGGAAACAUGUUAAAUGUUGUGGUUCGAAAUAAAUCCGUCCUGCUGUGUUUGUGGCUCAACAUGGAAUAAAAAUUGUUUACACAUGUUUAAAA